AUGCCUGCAAGCGCCUGGGAUCCAAAAAGCAAUAUGAUGUCAUCGAUGAAGAAUACGAUCCCCAUGAAGACUACAUCGUUCGCUACCAACGCAAAAAUAGUUGCUUUCGCAUUCCAGAUGGGCGUGUUGAAUUACCAUAUGCCCGUAAGGUUUAUGAAGCCGGAGUACGCGGCGUAUCAACGUUGUACCCGUUUUGCCAUAGGCAGCAUGCCAGAGUCAUGCGAAGGCAGUACCACGGAACUACAAAGUGAGAAGGUAAUGGCUGGCAUUAAUACAGCUGUCAACAGAACUUUUUUCAUUACCUUUGAUUCGCUGGACACAAUGAAGGAAAAGGCUGAUUUAGUUAUGAGUAGCAAGGACAGAAAACACAAAUUCACUUGGUUUCUCUUCAAUGUGCACUUGACGGACGUCACCAAUGGUUGCUUCACACCAAAGCCAGGAGUAGCUCCCAGUACGGAGAUGCAACGCUUGAAAAAAUUCAGAGAGUUCUUCUACGCAGAGAGCCAGAAGUACAUAUCUGGAUGAACAAGGAAAACGGUGGCCACCGAUUAUUUGCGUGAAACAUGCAGCCCGAGUUGUUUGUUUUUUCUUUUUU